AUGUUACUCCCCAGAGUUUAUGCAACGGGUUCAUCCGUAGUCACAUCAGCAUUGGUAUUUGAUAUUGCAAAGAUACCUUAUCAACCAACCGUUCCAAACAUUGUUUUUUUAUUACAGGACCCCGCUCAUUUAGCGAACUUUACAGAUCAAAAUUCUAAAUUAACUGUAUUUGGUAAAAUACCAGACACUAAACAAUUCAUGGCUUCAUGCGCGCCUCCAAAAUUGGCAACAGGAAAACUGUCAUCCAUUGAUAAUCUGAUAGUUGGGGAAGUAUCAAAUAAAUCCUUUAGUAUCACGUUACAAAAGUACAAAUGUAGUCUUCGCAAGGAUUCUAAUGUUUUACUUAUAAAUCCAGGAUUUGGACUUCUAGAGCUCAUCAAUAAGAACAUAUGGACAAAAGAAGAUGAAAGACCCAACAUUUUCCUUGGAAAUAUUGACAAUGAGCUAGACAUUAUAAAACCCGCAGAUGAUUUUGCACUGAGAAUUGAUCGUGUACCGAUUCCAUUAAGUAUCACUAAAGUACCGAGCAGAAUUGAAUCGUACAGUUAUCUUUCAGAAUCUCCUAAAGAAUGGGUGAACAAUUCUCCUCUAAUGCAACUUAUAAAAAAACUAAACUGGAACCAAAAUGAUAACCAUAUCUUCAAACCAUCAUUCUUUCAAUACGGAGAUUUCAUGCUAAUCAAAUUCGAAAGACUACUAGUUGAAUCAUGCGUGGAACCUUUAGCUAUGCUACUAGAAUGCGAAUUAUACGGAGAGUUAUUGAACUCACCGUUCUUUUUCCAAAUGGUGGAUGAUUUAUUAGCAGAACAGAUGCACGUUUUAAAUAUAACGUAUCCAUACCUGCGAAAUGUUAAGCAUUAUGACACUGUCUUUCAUAGACCUACAUUAAAAAAAGUAAUUCAGAAACAUUUACAUGAUCGAAGGUUUUUGACACCAAGCAUGCUUAAAAAGCACAGACUUCUAAAUAAGACCAACAUCAACCAACUAACUGGAUAUUUUGUCGGGCUUGCCACUUAUAAACGUAUCUCUAUCCCUCAAAACGAACUUAUCCUAAGACUGGUUAGAGGUAAAGUUCAGACACUGAAAGAUAAACCCUUGACAUGGGACUUGUAA